AGGACCAUGUCACCUCCUUACCUUCCACUUGUAUAUAUAACACCCCAUCUCACAGCAAUUCUCAAACCAAUUCACACAAAGUUGAGAAUUUGAGCUCACCAGAAGUAAAGGAGAAAAUCCUUUUUCUGUUUCUGAGAAGGAAGAGUAGGUGAAGAUCAUGAAGGUGGCAAGUGGUAGCUCAAAGAGAAGGUUAUCAAACAGAGGACUUGGAGGAGCCCUCAGAGAGCAGAGAGCUCGUCUAUAUAUUAUAAGAAGGUGUGUAGUCAUGCUUCUCUGCUGGCAUGACUAGAAGUUCAAGCCUAGGUUAAGAAUGCUUUCCAUGGAUGUGAAAGCCUUUUUUUUUCCUAUUUAUUUUGGUUAUUUUUUUCUGAUUCAUGAUGGAGUGUAUAUAGAAAAAAAGCAAGAUAUUAUGUGAAAGGGGGACAAUUUUGUAAGGGCUUUCUGGCCUUCAGGGUGUAGCUUUAUGUACAUCGGAAUAGCAUGAAUACCGAAGUCCUUUUUACCAUUCA